UCCUCUCUCUACACUGUUUGUUUGUGUGUGAUUUGUGAUUUGCUUUUUUCAUUUCUGACAGACUAACUGUCAUACACGCACAAUCUUGAAAAGUUUCUCUCUGAAAAAUUCCCAUAUCAUACGGGUUGUAAAGUUUUAAUCUUCUUUGAAAUUCAAGAGUUUUCUGCACCAUAAACGUCGGUUUGACUUCAGGUUUCAGAUAAGCUUUCUCAGGGAUUAGGACACGUGGUCAAGCCAUUCUCCUAAUUUGCUCCAGAACUUUUCACAUCACCAAGAUUCCCGGAUGCUGAUUUGGCAAUCAUUCAAUGGGGGCUUCAAAUUCUAGAUUGGAGGAAGACAAGGGCCUACAGCUUUGCCGUGAGCGAAAGAAAUUAAUCAAACAAGCACUUAAUGGUAGGUGUUCUCUAGCAGCUGCUCAUAUUGCUUAUAUAGAAGAAUUGAAAAUCAUAGGAACUGCUUUGAGGAAAUUCGUCGAUCCUGAUUCUCAAGUUGAAUCGUCCAUCGAUAUUCCAACAAGUGCGACACCAGAGCCACAUGCAUUUAUUGAGAGGUCUGCCUCCCAGUUUUCACUGUCCUCUCAGUCUCUGUCCCAACAUGUGGAUACCACUGUGAAAAUAUCACCAUCUCCUUCACCUCCAAUCACAAGUCAAAACCAGGCUCAUCAUAUGAAAUUUAGAGGUACAUUUUCCAAGAAAGUUGAAGAAAAGAUUUCUCUGCCUGUCACAGUAUCAGUUGCUUCGACUACUCCUUGUUCCACUGAAGGACCUGAAGCAUUAUCAUUCGAAUCUCCUUCCAUCCCGUCAGAAACUCCACCAUGGGAUUAUUUUGGUCUUUUUCAUCCAAUUGACAAUCAGUAUUCUUCACAGGAAGGCAGGGGAUUUCAUCAGGAUUCAGAGUACUUUGGCGAGAUUAAAGAGCUCAGGGAAGAGGAGGGAGUUCCUGAAUUGGAAAAUGUAGAAGAGAAGGUCUCCUCUACUGGAAUGGUAGAAUCUCAUGAAUCAGAAGAUGAAUUUGACGAACCUUCUACUGAAACACUUGUUCGAAGUUUUGAAAAUGUAAACAGGGAAACAGAAAAUGUUGUCAACAAUGAUGCGCUCACUAUGCCCUUAGACACUGCAGUAUCAGAAACCAAUUUUGGGGGUGAACAACUUAAUGGGGAGAAAGAAAAUGUCACGAACAUUGAUUCACCUAUUAAGUCCAAACAGAGUGCAGUGUCAGAAACCAAGUUUUCAAAUGUGAAGAAAAACAACUCUCCCGAUUUAUCACCAUUAAGAGCCACAUCUUCACGAUUUGAGCAUUUGAAUUUUGUGAAGAUUACACCAAUGAAAGAAUUGGAAGCAGAAGAUACAGCUGCACCUAAGGACUUCUUUUCAAGCAUGAAAGAUAUCGAGCAUUUAUUUGAUAAGGCAUCUAAAUCUGGAAAAGAAGUCCCCCGGAUGCUUGAAGCAAACAAAUUCCAUUUCCGUCCAAUUUUCCCAGGGAAAGAACGUGGAUCAAUGACCUCAGCAUUACUGAAAUCAUGUUUCUCUUGUGGGGAUGAUCCAAGUGAGGUUAAGGAAGAGCCUUCUCAAACUUCUGGGAAGUACUUAACUUGGCACCGGACCUUGUCACCUCGUUCGGGUUCGUCUAGAAAUCUUCUGGGCGGGAACUCUGUAGAUGAUGGUGAGGAUGUUACAAAUAAUCUCUUUGACAACUUCUGUAUGGUCUCUGGAAGUCAUGCCUCGACCUUGGAUAGGUUAUAUGUGUGGGAGAAGAAGCUUUAUGACGAAGUUAAGGCUUCUCAAGUGCUUAGAAGUAAUUUUGAUCAAAAGUGUAAAGUGCUUAGACAGAAAGAAUCACAAGGAAUGAAAACUGACAAAACACGUGCUGUAGUCAAGGAUCUGCACUCAAGAAUUAGAGUUGCAAUUCACAGAAUUGACUCAAUAUCAAAGAAAAUAGAAGAAAUUAGAGAUACAGAGCUUCAGCCACAGCUUGAAGAGUUAAUUGACGGACUGAGGAGAAUGUGGGACAUGAUGCUUGAAUGCCAUGAGCUUCAGUUUCACAUCAUAUCAGUAUCUCACGCCCCUCGAAGCACUGAAUUUGCUGUGCAGUCGGAUUCCCGGAAACAGAUUGCUAUCUAUCUUGAAAAUGAACUGAACUCUCUAAUGUUGAGGUUCACAAAAUGGAUUAGUGCCCAGAAAAUAUAUGUGGAAUCGAUAGAUAAGUGGCUGUUAAAGUGCGUGUCUCUUCCACAGAACAAGUCGAAAAGGAACAAAAGGAUAAGGCCCCCACCUAUAAGAAACUGUGGCCCGCCCAUAUAUAUCAUGUGUGGUACCUGGUUGGAGAGGAUCGACAAAUUACCUUCGCAAGAAAUCGUGGAAUCUAUCAAACACUUGACAGCUGAAGUUGCUCACUUUUUACCGCGUCAAGAGAAGAACCAAACGAAGGGUGGAAAUGACUCUCAUUUGAGUACCUUCCAAGCUGGAACCAAUGAUGACACUUCAGGUAUUAAUAUGUUGAAAGAUGAAGCUUCCGAGGAUUGGAUAUCUGGUUCUGAUCGGUUUCGUACGAGCUUGGCGCGUUUUCUUGGCAAAUUUAACAACUUUUCUGAGUCUUCUGUGAAGAUGUUCAGUGAUCUCCAGAAGGUCAUAGAAGAAGCAAAGGAAAACUACAAACAAUUCAAGUCUCAAUCUUGAAAUUUUUCUUGUCCGAAUUAUAGUACAGGCUGCAAAUACUGGAGAGGGUACAUAUUGAAAAUAAGGAAGAAAAUAAUCAUUUAGGAACAUAGGGGCCGAUUGAUUGCGGCGUCAGAUUUAUGGAGCAAAAGAAAUAAUAAGAUAAAAUCUUGGGACUUUCUUUCAAUGUUCAACUGUCAGAUGAAAUUAAGGGGAUGAAUAGAGCAUGUAUUUAAUAUUUAUACAGAUGUGCAAAGUGUGUGUUGGGAAGUUAUAGGUUUAUCAUUUAUGAUAACUGUAAAAUUUCUGGACAACUAUAUGUUA